UUUCCAUUUUUAAUAAUUAGUAUAUAAAGUAAAAAUAAUAGUGAAUUGAUACACGAGAGUGCGAGACCCUGAUUGGGUUCACAGCGGAAUAAUUCAGGGUUCUCGUCUCGGGUUCUUCUCACAUCGUAGCCGGCCGGCCGGCGAUUUCCUCUCCCUCCGCCGUUCUCCUCCGUGCCACAAAGAAAGACAACAUGGAGGGAAGCAGAGGGUUGAGGAUGCUGGCGUCUGAUUUCUUGAUGUCCCUGAUGUGGGUAUGGUCCAGCGUGCUCAUCAAGGUCUUCGUCUACGGAGUCCUGGCGUUCGGCGACCACGAUUUCCACGCCGAGAUCCUCAAGCAUACCCUCGCCGUCGCCGUCAUGUUCUUCUUCGCCUUCCUGGUCAACGUCACCAACGGCGGCGCCUACAAUCCCCUCACCGUCUUGGCCUCCGCCAUCUCCGGCGAUUUCAAGAAUUUCCUCUUCACCGUCGGCGCCAGAAUCCCUACCCAGGUACUUGGAUCAAUUACUGGUGUUAGGCUCAUCCUGGACACGUUUCCUGACAUAGGACGAGGACCUAAGCUGAAUGUUGACAUCCACCGAGGUGCCCUCACCGAAGGAUGCUUGACAUUCAUGAUCGUGAUCAUCUCGUUUGGGCUUUCUAGACAGAUUCCCGGUAGUUUCUUCAUGAAGACUUGGAUCUCCAGUCUGUCAAAGCUCGCCCUCCAUGUGCUUGGCUCUGAUCUGACAGGGGGGUGUAUGAAUCCAGCAUCCGUGAUGGGGUGGGCUUAUGCUCGUGGGGAUCACAUAACCAAGGAGCACAUACAAGUUUAUUGGCUGGCACCAAUUCAGGGUACUCUUCUGGCUGUAUGGAUUUUUAGGCUGAUGUUCCCACCGCAAAAAGAAGAUAAGGCAAAAGCCAAAGCUGAAAAGUCAGAUUGAAUGGAGUUUGUUACUCCAAGAUGAUCAUUUGUGUUAGAUAGUCAGUUAUCCAUGGCAGUUUUAUGCCCAAAAAAAACACCAGUUCAGAUUUAGGACGAUUGUAGUUUACUCUUCCACUAAAUCCAUGUACGGUUGUAGUUUACUCUUCCACUAAAUCCAUGUAUAUACUAAAUGUUCAUAAAUGGUUGUUUCUCAA